AUGUGGUGGAAUUGUUUCCAGAAAAGAUGCCCAGAAAAGAGCCUCGUGCUUUCCCACAGCUGGGACAUGCAGCUCACCCUCAUCUCAGUGCUUAUGAUGCUAUUCACACUCAGAGGAACGAGAGCCCAGACAGUGACCCAGCCUGAGGAUCACGUCUCUGUCUCUGAAGGGUUCCCAGUGCAGCUGAAGUGCAACUACUCAUAUUCUGGGAGUCCCGUGCUCUUCUGGUAUGUCCAGUAUCCAAAACAAGGCCCCCAGUUACUCCUGAAACAUAUCUCAGGAGAGAGCAUCAAAGGUUUCACGGCUGAACUUAACAAAGGUGAGGCAUCCUUUCAUAUGAGGAAAUCGUCAGCUCAAGAGGAAGACUCGGCCACAUAUUACUGUGCUCUGAGUGACACAAGUCUCCACACAGCAUUCCUAUUUAACAUGGGAACUUCAAGUAUCAUUGUUGGAUCUGCUGGAUCACAAGACCAGUGCAGGGUGAACAGCCAACAAGAAGGGAAUCCUCAGAUCCUGAGCAUCCAGGAGGGUGACAAUGCCACCAUGAACUGCAGUUAUAAAAUGAGUACAGACAACUUACAGUGGUAUAGACAAGAUUCAGGUAGAGGCCCUGCCCUGCUAAUUCUAAUACGUUCAAAUGAAAGAGAGAAACACAGUGGAAGACUGAGAGCCACGCUAGACAUCUCCACCAAAAGCAGUUCUCUGUCCAUCAUGGCUUCCCAGGUUUCAGACACAGCUGCUUACUUCUGUGCUACAAAUGCACGGUGUUCACCAGACACCUGCAGCCCAUACACAAACCCUGCCAAGCUGCCUCUUAAAAGGACUAGCAGUGGGUAG